AUAUAAUAAUUUCAACCGGAAAAGGAAGCUCCGGACAGUUUUCUGCUACACGUUUGAAUGUUGUGGUUCGUAUAUGUCAACUGUAGUCAAAUGACAUUAUGAAUGAAUAAUAAAUGCUUUUAUUUCCCUUCAAGUACUCACUCUGAAUAGCGUACUUGAGUCGCGAUGGCCGUCGUUAGCUUUAGUAAGCAUCUGCUGAAUGUGACACUGUCGAGGACAAUCACAACACACGCUACAGUUUUCAGAGGGCAGCUAUGCAGAUGUAAAGCACUUUACAGGACAAUUAACAACACAAAACGAACAUUUCACACAUCGCUGACCGCUAAUAUCUCCAAAAUCCUUUCUGUGGACGAUAUCUUCAGCAAACAGAGCUUCCAGGACUACCUGAAGAAGAAGCAGACGGAGUAUAACACAAGUCUGAACUCCAUUAACAGUCAAAACCAGACCCUGGAGGACGCUGAUAUGAAAACACAAAGGACUAACAUGACGAUACUCGCUCAUUUAGUCCAUAAUAUUAAAAAACUAGAAGUUAAACAGAAGGAGAUGGAGGAUAUGCAGGACUUGCUGAAAGACAAUGACCCAGAACUGCUUGAGCUGGCAGAGACUGAGAAGGAAGCCGUUCUGGCAGACAUUCAAGAUCUCAGACAAAAGAUUUUAUCUCUUCUUAUCCCCGAAGAGGAAUCGGACAUGAGUGAGCUGGUCCUGGAGGUCUCUGCUGGGGUCGGAGGUCAAGAAGCCAUGCUGUUUACCGCAGAGAUCUUCGAGAUGUACCAGAACUAUGCUGCUUUCAAUGGCUGGAGCUUUGACGUCCUGGAGGCCAAUGCUAGUGAACUAGGGGGCGUCAGACAUGCAUCCGCCAGUGUCAGCGGGCCACUCAGCUAUAAGAAGUUAAAGUUUGAAGCCGGUGUUCAUCGUGUGCAGAGGGUCCCGAAAACAGAGAGUAAAGGCCGCACACACACCAGCACAAUGACCGUGGCUAUUCUUCCUCAGCCCACAGAGAUCUCAUUCACCAUCAACCCCAAAGACCUGAAGAUUGAGACCAAGAGAGCGAGUGGCGCAGGAGGACAGCAUGUGAACACCACCGACAGUGCGGUCAGGAUCACACACCUGCCCACAGGCACGGUUGCUGAAUGUCAGCAGGAACGCUCUCAGAUCAAGAACAAAGAUACAGCCAUGAAAUUACUGCGAGCCAAACUCUACAGCGCGCGGCUGGAGGAGGAGACCAGCAGGAGAUAUCAGGCCCGAAAACUACAGAUCGGCACCAGAGGCAGAUCAGAGAAAAUCAGGACCUAUAACUUUCAGCAGGACCGAAUCACAGAUCACAGAAUCGGAAAAACCGUUCAUGACGUUCAUGGAUUUUUACAAGGCGAGGAACUGCUGGAGGAGAUGAUCGUGUUUUUACAGCAGUUUUCUGAGCAGGAGUCGCUCAUGGACGUCCUUGACAGUGAACUGAAUCUGUAGUUAAUUCUGAAAAUAAAAGAAAUGUGUGAAUGUU